AUGGACAUACAGACGGAGGUGCGUGUGGUUUUGAAGGCAACUGGUUUCCUCUGCCUGGUUGUGGUUGGCCUCCCCGCCAACCUGACCGUGCUGCUUCUCUUUUGCCACCUGCGUUCUUCCCGUGGCCGCCUGCCUCCCAACGAUUUCAUCCUCAGUAACCUAGCAGCUGUCAACGUCGUAGUCCUCCUGUGCCGGGGUAUCCCCCAGACUCUGGUUGCCGUUGGCUUAAAGCAUUUCAUUAAUGACUGGGGCUGCAAGGUGGUCAUCUUCGCCUACCGCAUGGGUCGCGCCAUGUCUAUCUGUGUGACAGCUCUGUUGGGUUGCUACCAGAGUGUGAGUGUGGCCCCUUCCACAUCCCACUGGACUAUUCUCAAGCGUUGGCUUCCUGCACAUUUGCCACAUGCCAUCAUUAUCUUCUACAUUCUCAAUGUGUUUAUCUGCCAUGGUGCUGUAUUCUACCCACUAGCACCACCCAUAAAUGGUUCUAUCCCAGAAUAUACUUUAAACCUGGAGUUCUGCAUUGUUGUUUUCCCAGGUCUUGAGGUUUACAUGGUCCAUGGAGUGGCAUACACUGUGCGGGAUGUGGCUUUUGUAGGUGUGAUGGUGUUGGCAGCAGUCUACAUGCUACUGGUCCUAUAUCGGCACCGACAACAGGUGAAAGGACUGCAGGGGGCCAGCCAGGCAUCAACAGGUGCUUCUCAGGCUGUGCUGCUUCUGGUGUGUACUUAUGUGGCACUCUUUGGUCUGGAGAAUAUGCUGUGGGGAUACACACUCUCCGUCUCCCGGGUCCUGCCCGCUGUCUCCGAUGUACGUGUGUUCUUUGCCUCUUGUUACUCUGCUCUCAGCCCUGUUCUCAUUAUCACCACUAACCGCAGACUGGCAGGAAAUUUCAAGUGCUUUACACGUACGAAAAGGACAGUGGAAGAUCCUAGUGCACAAGGAGAAUCUAAAAUUUCUUGUGUUAUGGCAUGA